AAAAUCAUGUCUGACGCGCACGCUCCUCUGACCUGGGAAACUUCGACCCACACUCAGCCUCAGCUGGCCACGUCCUUGCCGUCCGAAGUCGUCAACUGCCUGGAGAAUGCCCGCUAUCUGCAUCUGGCAACCUGCACAGAGCUGCAACCUCAUGUUGCUCUCAUGAAUUACACCUACCUCGCCUCACAUCCCUUCGCCGCUUCUUCGUCGCAAAUGCCUUCUGGUCCCGUAAUCAUCAUGACCUCAAACCCUGCCUCGCGCAAGACUGUCAACCUCACAGCAAAUCCCAAUGUUUCGUUACUUGUCCACGAUUGGGUCUCGCAUAGACCUGCUACAAACAACAGAAACUCGUCGCCUGAAGGCCGCAGGGCUCCUGGUCGUAGUUCUCUGGCUUCCUUGCUCAUGGGUAUGAACACUACUCAGAUGGGUUCAAUCAGUGCCACCAUCAACGGCGACGCUAUCGUCUUACCUGUCGGAUCAGAGGAGGAGAAGUGGUGCAAGUUGCAGCAUCUGGAAAACAACACUUUUGAGAGGGAGGAGACAUCACAGAAUGUCCUGACCCGUUCAACGAGUAAUCCGGAGGAUGAGGAGGCCAGCAAACAGUCCUUCUUGCAGGAUGAGGACAUAAGAGUCGUUGUCGUCAGGAUAAAUGAGGGCAGAAUUGCUGACUGGAAGGGUGGUGUCAAGGACUGGGUGCUCGCUCCUGCUGAGAGUACAGCUAACCUUACCAAUGGUCUAUAA